AUUGCUGUCAAUAUAAAAUACUUAUUGAAGGAAUUGUUAAUUUUGUUAAUAUAAAAUACUUAUUCAUUAUAAGUUUAUAACAUACAAGAGAGCUUAGUAGGCCAAAAAUAAGGCAAUAAUAAAGGUUUUUGGGAAUUGGGAGAAGUCUUUUGAGGAGCUUUCACGGUACUUAUAAGCGUUAGUGCAAUCUAAUAGAGGUACAGUCGUUCAUUGGGAAGUCCAAGCAACAAUGGAUCCUACCCGAAUCAUUUUUCAGAGUUUUUUGGAUUUUAGGACCAUCAAUUAAGGGUUUUUCCCAUUGUCGACCACUUAUCUCCGUAGAUGGUACACAUUUGUAUAGAAAGUACAAAGGCAUACUUAUGGUAGCUAUGGUGAUAGAUGCAAACUCUCAGUUGUUCCCACUCGCCUUUGCCAUUGUUGAGGGAGAAAGCAACAACAUGUGGAGUUGGUUCUUGGAUUGUAUAAGGCAAUACAUAAGUAAAAGAGAUGGCUUGUGUGUCAUUUCUGAUCGUCGCAAGGGAAUUUUGCAUGCAAUGAACAGGGUUGGAAAAGGUUGGGAAGAGUCAUAUGCAUUCCAUCGGUUGGGGGAGCGCGACCCUCGCGUACUUGUAUCGUGAUCUUUGUAGGGCAUCCCGCAAGGGUGCCAAGGAUAUAGCGGGGUGCCUUUUACUUUUACAGAUAUGGUCGUGGGAGCAUAUACAUAUAGGGAGACCAGUAAUUCAGAUGGUUCGACCCCAAUUUGAUGAGGCAGACGAUUUAGAGUCGGUCUUAGGUUCACAGCAUCAGUGUGGUACGGAUUCUUUAGAAGGGAGUUGGCUUCGAGUACAUCUUUCUUUGUCAUACUCUCCACAUACUCUAGUCUACUACCGGGACUCCCUCGAUCGACAAAGGGACGAUCAGAUGACAUGGCAGCCAUACACGAUGGCUAAGAUGGAGGCUUUGCCUGACAUAUGUAGAGAUAGCCAGGUAAUAUGGAGAUCUCGAUGUCCCCUCAUUUGCUUUGACAUCGUGGAGUUUCAUCUGCCAGAUCGUGUCAUGAGCCAGUUUGGUUUGGAGCGGCCUAUUCCGGAUGCUUGUGACACCUAGGCUACACUACAUGCCAUUGAUCGGAGGACUGCCGACAAGAACUUUCUGGUUCGACAUCGAUCGCACGUAGAUGCAUGGAAUGAUCGAGAAAGCAUGCUGGUGCGAGGAGAGAACUACACCGGUCAGAGCUUGGGUAGGGCUGCACACGGUCCGGUCUGGUCUGGUUUGACAGAAGAAUCAGACUAGACCAGAAAUUCCAGUCUGGAAAUUUCUCAGACCAGACCAAACCAAU